AUGCUUAUUGCAGGGAUGGGCUGUUUCUGGGGGGCAGAGAAGAAAUUUUGGAAGCAGAAAGGAGUCUACUCUACUCAAGUAGGUUAUGCAGGAGGAUAUACCCCAAAUCCCACAUAUGAAGAAGUCUGUUCAGGCAAAACUGGCCAUACUGAAGUUGUGCGAGUGGUAUUUCAGCCAGAAAUCAUCAGCUUUGAGAAACUGCUCAAGGUCUUCUGGGAGAAUCAUGACCCGACACAAGGGAUGCGGCAGGGAAAUGAUGCUGGGACACAGUAUCGGUCUGCUAUCUAUACAGUCACCCCAGAUCAAAUGGAGUCUGCCUUGAAAUCUAAACAUGAUUACCAAAAGGCAUUGACAGAGAAUAGUUUUGGGAUCAUCACAACUGAAAUCCGCGAGGCUCCAGAGUUCUAUUAUGCUGAAGAAUAUCAUCAGCAGUACCUAAGCAAGCACCCUAAUGGUUACUGUGGACUUGGAGGCACAGGGGUUUCCUGUCCUAUUGGUAUUAAAGGAUGAUCCUUACUCACAGGGCAAUCAUUCCCUAAACCAAAUGUCAAACUUAAAGAAAUGUGUUUUGGAUUUUUACCGCAGACUUCAGUGUAGCUUUCAUAGAUAUGAAAUCACUGGCAUUUA